AACCCCAAAAAGAUAAACGAUCCUUUUUGGGCUUUUUCUCCAAAUAAUUUGUACUUGUGUCCUAUGGUCCUCACCUUAAACCCUUGAAUUCCCUCUUCUUGUCCUUCUAAAACCCCAAACACACUUUGUUUUGCUCUCAUAUAAAGGUUGCUUCUUUACUUCUACUUUACACAUUUCGAUUCUCCAUUCGACCAUUACCAUCUUCUUCUCAGGACUUUCUGUUAAUACUUUUUGAAAUUCGUUCCGGAGAUCACCAAGCAUGGAUGAUGUCGACAUACAAUUGGAUGAAAUGGAAUUAGUUGCUGCUGCUGCUGGUUAUCACUAUUAUAAUUGUAUAACUAGGCAGCCUUCUCGUAGUUCAACUCCUAAAGGGUCUGGCUUCUUGAGCGAACUACUCAGUGCCAAUGAUGAUGUGUGUCGGGAAAUGUUAAGGAUGGAUAAACAUGUUUUUCACAAGCUAUGUAGCAUCCUUCGACAAAGAGGCAUGCUACGUGACACACCUGGCGUUAUGAUAGAGGAGCAAUUGGCAAUUUUCUUGAACAUUGUUGGCCACAACGAACGUAACAGGGUUAUACAAGAGCGUUAUCAGCACUCUGGUGAAACAAUAAGUAGGCAUUUUAAUAAUGUAUUGAGGGCAAUUAAGUCGUUAUCCCGCGAGUUCCUUCAACUUCCUCCAGUCAGCACUCCUCUCCAGAUCCUUGAAAGUAAUAGAUUCUACCCAUAUUUUGAGGAUUGCAUUGGUGUGAUCGAUAGCAUGCGAAUCCCUGCUCAUGUGCCAGCCAAGGAUCAAUCACGUUUUCGUAAUAAGAAGGGUAUUUUGACACAAAAUGUGUUGGCCGCUUGCACAUUUGAUCUCCAAUUUAUAUUUGUAUACCCUGGUUGGGAAGGCUCAGCUUCAGAUUCACGGGUUUUGAGAGCUGUCCUAGAUGAUCCCGAUCAGAACUUCCCUCCAAUUCCUGAAGGGAAAUAUUAUCUUGUUGAUACAGGUUAUGUUAAUAUGGAUGGAUUUAUUGCUCCAUUUCCAGGAAUUCGAUGUCAUCUUCAUGAAUAUCGGGGUGCUAAUCUAUUACCUAGAAGUGCAAAGGAGUUAUUUAACCACCGGCAUGCAUCACUCAGAAAUGCCAUUCAGAAAUCUAUUGAGGUGCUGAAAACGAGAUUUCCAAUUCUGAAACUUGCCCCUCAAUAUGCUUUUAACACACAAAGGGACAUUGUUAUAGCUGCAUGUGUUAUUCACAAUCACAUCCGGCGUGAGGAAAGGAGUGAUUGGUUGUUUAAAGACAUUGAAGGAACAUCAGUAGAAGAAUCGUCUGAUUUAGAUGACCAGCCUGAUCCACAAUUGGCUUUUCAAAUACAAGAACAAAGUGCCUCUGCCUUGAGAGAUUCCAUUACAGCAGCAAUGUGGAAUGACUUUAUCAAUAAAUGGGACGCAUGGUGAUAUUGCUUGGUUUUCAACUUAUUCUGAAGUUGAGGCCUUGGUUAUCCUGUGAAUAGCUUCAUGUGUUCAUGGAAAAAGAUAGAUUUGGUGCAUGCCAUAGUGAAAAGCAUUAAUUUUUUUGUUUUGCCAUAGUUAGUAGUAACACUAGCAAUACAUGAUUCAUCCUUCAAUUGUGAGAAUGAUCCUCUUUUCCUUUUUUCCUUUUUUUUGUGCCCGAAUUUGGAGGUGUUAUUUGCUUCUGCUGGUGCUUUUGUUUUGGGGU